UUUGAUUAAUAUAACCCUGAUAACUAGCUUAUAUUGAUUUAGUUUACAUCAUUUUCCUUUACUCCGGAGAGAAGCAAACUCAGAUGCCACGGCGCCGAAAUGUAAGUUGAUCUCUGUUUAAACGUCAAAAGAGGCCUGACAGUGUGUAAGUAAUCCUGAAAUUGUCACAACAGAAAGGUGACGAAGCGGAACAUCAUCCUCGUGAUCCACUACUUUGAACUGACCGAUAAAGCUCUUUGUUCCAGUCUGUUUUCUUCCACUGAGGUGAGAAAGAUAGUAUCAUUAGUUUCCAGGGAAUGAUGAAUAAAGCAUUUGCUUCUAGAGCCGCUUCACACGGCAGUUGGAUUUCGGCAAAUGAAAAAAUUAAACGUGUCACUCGACCCGGCGUACUGAGUUUUCUACGAGUUCAGCCGUUUUAGAUAAAAUGGUUCCAGGGCGUAGGUUUAUAACGUGAGAUGAAUUGACGAAGUUUCCGCAGUAUAUCUCAAACUUACUCUUCAGGAACAGCUCUCUAAUUCAAGUAAAAAAAAUAUCUGUGUACAGGGCUUAUUUCAAUUAGCUUUCAUUUAUUUCAAGAUGAAGAUACGCUGUUGAAAUGGUCUAUCACGACGUAGAUCAGUUGAACGUUUCCGUGCAAUGCCUCAGUCACGUUUCGAUAUCGGAUAUUGAUAUAAACUAGUCCUGACUCAACAAGAUGGUGGAGCAAAAUUAAAGAAACGUUAAAGGAGGCCGGCAAUCAAAAAUAUUGCAAAGCAGAUUUUUCUAGCAUUUAACGCUAAGAUUUGGCUCGACACAAGUAUUGCCAUGAAAGAGAAAAUCGAGAGGAAGUUGUUCAUGCUGAAAAUAAUUUGUGUGAGGUCAGAUUCUAGAGAUAAGCCUUUGAGAUGCACUUCCUGUUGGGUUUUUUCAUAGUUAAUCGAGGGGAGCAAAAUGGAGAGGACAAUACCAUUUCAGGCAUUAAUUUUGGCGAACCUUUGUUGUUCCUUAUCAGCUUAUCGCUGAUAGCAAGUCUAUGUAAUGCUUUAAAUUUUCUGCUACUUUAUUUAGGAAGCUAUUUAGUUAAGAUUGUUAAGGCCGUGAAGUAGUGUUAUUGCCAUCUCUUUUCUGAGAAGAAGAUCCAAAGCAGUGCUCUUGAGUUAAAGCUAUGGCGUCCAACAACACUAGUUCCUGCCCUGACCCUGGGUCAGAUCUCACUAAAGGAGAAGCAGCAGAGGUCGCUAAAGCAGCUGCAUACCUGUGUAUUUUCAUUCUGUCAACAGUAGGAAACCUUCUCGUGGUGGUGAUCAUGUUAAAAGACCACCAUCUACGAUCGGUCGCUAUCAAUCAGUUUAUUGUGUCUAUGGCGAUUGCUGACUUGUUGACAUCUUUAUUUAACAUGACGAUAGAAAUCUGGAUCCACAUCAAAUAUUCCACAGGACAGCAAGUUUUCUGGUUAGACGGAGCUGGCGGAGUCAUUCUAUGUAAGACUAUUGUAUUUGUUCAGGGUCUCUCCAUGGCUUGCUCUGUCCUAACACUUGUCGCCAUGGCUGUAAAUCGGUAUAUUGCUGUCUUUUUUCCACUCAAAAUGGGCACCACUAAAUCUCUGUCUACCCUAACUAUAGUCAUUAUUUGGGUGAUCUCCACGGUCAGCGCGUCACCAAUGUUGUACGCUAUGAGAGUUAUCGAGAAACCAGAUGGCACCUUACACUGUACCGAGGAUUGGACUCCUGCAUUUGACGGUGAGAAGUCUCACAGGAACUAUACCAUCUUUCUGCUAACUAUAAUGUACGCGUUACCUCUUGUUGCUAUCACCAUGCUGUACACAGCCGUUGUUCGGAAGGUUUGGAGGAGGCAAGUGCCAGGAAACAUCACUGCCCCAAAUCAGUUGGUGGAGCAUGUCACAAAGAAACGCGUUCUCAGAAUGCUCAUCACAAUUGUGAUCGUCUUUGGACUCUGUUGGCUUCCAUACUACACUUACCUGUGUCUGCUCUUUAUCCUUCAUGGCUGCCCGCCUGAGUACGUUUCAUUCUUAGGUCUUUUCCUCGGUCAUGCAAAUUCCGCUAUUAAUCCAUGUAUUUACGCCAUCUUCAAGAAAGAGUGUCGUGUUUCUCUGAGGGGUGCUAACGGGGCAUGCCUUCCCACUAUUCAUGGAAGUCGCGUACCAAUGAUGACAACAAAUCAGAACACCGUGAGACAGUCCGAUUUGGGUUUCGAAGAGACAACACGAGAACAAGAACGACGAGCCCCUCUGAUCCGUGAGAUAAAGGAAAUGGAGGAGAUAUCGCGGUCAUCCUUAAGGAUGUCUCCAUUCUGGCAUGAAAAAAAAAUGGAUGGUAACAUUACCUUGAACGCCACAGAUUCACCAAACUGUGGGAUACCCAACUCGUCUCCACUCAUACCCAUUUGUCAACUGUUGGCAUACACAACCCUUUUUAUCAUGUCCAUAAUUGGUAACAGUAUCCUCAUCGGUGCCAUCGUCAACUAUCCUCGAACACAGACGAUCAUUAACUACUUUAUCAUUAACAUGGCAGUCUCUGACCUUUUGACAUCCGUGUUCGACAUGGCGGUGCAGAUUUGGCAUUACGGUUUGUUGAUAGCGGACAAGCAAUUUGAAUGGUUCGGCGGUGUUUUUGGAGAGUUCAUGUGCAAGUUUGUCGUGUUCAUUCAAGGAGCAGCGCAAGCCUGUACCAUUUUCACCUUAGCUGCUAUCGCUAUCAACAGAUUUCGUGCAGUGAUGUUUCCAAUGCGUCAUGCAGCAAGUAAAACCUCAGUGGUUAUGAUUCUGCUGCUUAUUUGGGGAUCGUCCUUCGCUAUUGCAUCGCCAAUGCUCUACGCUAUGCGACUUCACGAAGAGCAAGGUGCCUUUUAUUGCAGUGAGAAUUGGGAGCCUUUGUUCGACGAAGCGUCAUCGCCGAGGCAUUACACUCUGGUUUUGUUUGGAUCACUUUACGUCGCACCUCUCCUGAUAAUAGCAAUUCUUUACUCAGUUAUCGCAUUUAAACUGUGGGUAAGAACAGUUCCAGGAAAUGUUACAGCACCGAACCUACUGCUGGAGCUCGAGACAAGAAGGAAAAUACUGAAGAUUUGUAUGACAGUGGUUUUUGUGUUUACACUUUGUUGGCUACCGUUCUAUAUUUACCUUAUGAUUCAUUUUAAUUCCGCGAAUAACAGUAAAUGUUAUCCCCCAGAAUACGUAGCUUUCUUGGGGCUCUUUUUUGGCGACGCAAACAGUUCUAUCAACCCGUUUAUCUACAUCAUAUUUAACAGUGAAUACCAGAAAGGGAUGAAAAAAGUCCUCAAGCGCUGUUGCACUCCUUGCAAAUCGAAUAAAAUGCAUAUGUACUCCAGUAGAAGUACAUUGAUCAGCUAUCCAUCCCUUCGGACCUUUAGAGAAAUAGAAUUAGGCCCAAUGGGACAAAGUCUGCACCAUACCAACACCGGAUUUAAGUUCACGUGAGAAAAUCAAUCGGUGAAUAUUU